CUCUUCCCCGAAUUCCAAAUUACAUAUUCUGUUUGUCUCUCAGGAAAGCCAUAAACGAAAGAAGGCUUCAAUUUCAUUCCUCUUGUCCUGGUUCCAGCUUAAGCUUCUUCUAAUUGUAGGGCUUCUAUCGGGAUGUCGUGGGAAGGCGAGAUUGUGAUGCGUGAUGUCACCAAUGCGGGUCUUGUUGUCAGUGAUCGCAUUGGUCGCGAAGUUUCGUCUCAGCUCGACCUCGAAGAAGCUCUAGAAGCCUCCAGAUACGCCAGUCAUCCUUAUUCCACUCAUCCCAAAGAGUGGCCCCCUUUAGUUGAGGUAGUGAAUACCUGGGAGUUGCCUCCCGUGCUCAUUGAAAGAUACAAUUCAGCUGGUGGGGAAGGAACUGCUUUUUGCGGAAUAUUUCCCGAAAUACGCAGGGCAUGGGCAUCUGUAGACAAUUCCUUGUUUCUUUGGCGUUUUGAUAAGUGGGAUGGCCAAUGUCCUGAAUAUAGUGGGGAGGAACAAGCUAUUUGUGCUGUUGGUCUUGCAAAAUCAAAACCUGGUGUUUUUGUUGAAGCUAUCCAGUAUCUUUUAAUUUUAGCCACUCCUGUUGAGUUGAUUUUAGUAGGGGUAUGCUGCUCUGGAGGAGCAGAUGGCUCAGAUCCAUUCGCAGAAGUUUCAUUACAGCCAUUGCCAGAGUAUUCAAUACCAUCUGAUGGGGUUACAAUGACUUGUGUAGCAUGUACUGAUAAGGGCCGCAUUUUUCUUGCUGGUCGUGAUGGCCACAUAUAUGAGCUUCUUUAUUCAACUGGUUCAGGAUGGCAAAAGCGCUGCAGAAAAAUCUGCAUCACUGCUGGUUUAGGAAGUGUAAUUUCAAGAUGGGUUAUACCAAAUGUAUUCAAUUUUGGAGCUGUUGACCCCAUUGUUGAAAUGAUUUUUGACAAUGAGAGACAAAUAUUGUAUGCACGAACUGAAGAGAUGAAGCUUCAGGUUUAUGUUCUCGGACCAAAUGGUGAUGGCCCAAUAAAGAAAGUUGCUGAAGAAAGGAAUCUUGUCAAUCAGAGGGAUGCACAUUAUGGAGGUAGACAAUCAACAGGAUCAAGAGUCUCAAGUCGAUCACCGAAGCCAUCCAUUGUUUGCAUCUCACCUUUAUCUACACUUGAAUCCAAGUGGCUACAUCUUCUUGUUGUUUUAUCAGAUGGCAGAAGAAUGUACCUAUCUACCUCUCCUUCUAGUGGAAGCUUGACUGGGUUCAACACCAACCAUCGCAAGCCUAGCUGUUUAAAGGUUGUCACAACAAGGCCUGCUCCUCCUUGGGGUGUUAGUGGUGGUCUCACCUUUGGAGCCAUGGCUCUUGCUGGUAGACCUCAAAAUGAUGAUCUCUCACUAAAAGUUGAGGCAGCCUAUUAUUCUGCUGGAACUCUUAUCCUUUCUGAUGCAUCACCUCCAACUAUGCCUUCACUCCUUGUUUUGAACAGGGAUUCAAGCUCACAGUCAUCCCCAUCAGGUAAUCUAGGGACAAGUACGAGGAGUUCCCGGGCAUUAAGGGAAUCUGUUUCUUCUUUACCAGUUGAAGGACGAAUGCUUUCUGUGGCAGAUGUUUUACCUUUUCCCGAUACUGCAGCUACUGUGCAGUCUCUGUAUUCAGAAAUUGAGUUUGGUGGUUAUGAGAGCUCAAUGGAAUCAUGUGAAAGGGCGUCUGGCAAACUCUGGGCAAGGGGAGACCUCUCAACCCAACAUAUAUUGCCAAGGAGGAGGAUUAUCAUCUUCAGCACCAUGGGCAUGAUGGAAAUUGUUUUUAACAGGCCACUAGACAUUCUAAGACGGCUAUUAGAGUCCAACUCUCCAAGAUCUGUAUUAGAAGAUUUCUUCAAUCGAUUUGGUGCUGGUGAGGCUGCUGCAAUGUGUCUAAUGCUAGCUGCAAGAAUAGUGCAUUCUGAAAACCUUAUUAGCAACGUUAUUGCUGAGAAGGCAGCUGAAGCUUUUGAGGACCCAAGAUUUGUUGGCAUGCCACAACUUGAAGGUAGUAGCCCAUUAUCAAACACAAGAACUGCUGCUGGUGGUUUUAGCAUGGGCCAGGUUGUUCAGGAAGCUGAGCCUGUUUUUUCAGGUGCACACGAAGGGCUCUGUUUGUGUUCAUCUAGAUUACUUUUUCCUCUAUGGGAACUUCCUGUAAUGGUUGUAAAAGGUAGUUUAGGUCCUUCAGGCACUUUAUCUGAAAAUGGGGUAGUUGUAUGCAGACUCUCUGUUGGGGCUAUGCAAUUCCUUGAACACAAACUCCGAUCUUUAGAGAAAUUCUUAAGAUCUAGGAGGAACCAGAGGAGGGGACUUUAUGGCUGUGUAGCAGGUUUAGGAGAUCUGAGUGGUUCCAUUCUAUAUGGUAGUGGUUCAGCAUUAGGUGCUGGUGAUCGAAGUAUGGUAAGAAACUUAUUUGGUGCUUAUUCCAGAAAUAUGGAGUCCAAUGGUGGCGGAACAACAACUAAAAGGCAAAAGUUGCCGUAUAGUCCUGCAGAAUUAGCUGCCAUGGAGGUAAGGGCAAUGGAGUGCAUUAGGCAGCUGCUACUUAGAUCCAGUGAAGCCCUGUUUUUGCUUCAACUUCUUUCGCAGCAUCAUGUCACUCGAUUGAUUCAGGGAUUUGAUGCUAGCCUUCAACAGACAUUAGUUCAGUUAACAUUUCAUCAACUAGUUUGUUCAGAGGAGGGUGACCGUCUUGCUACAAGACUAAUAUCUGCUCUAAUGGAGUAUUAUACUGGUCCUGAUGGCAGGGGGACUGUAGAUGACAUUAGUAGGAGAUUGAGAGAGGGUUGUCCAAGCUACUAUAAGGAAUCUGAUUACAAGUUCUUCUUAGCCGUGGAAGCCCUGGAGAGAGCUGCUGUGACUGUAGAUGCUAAGGAAAAGGAGAAUCUUGCUAGGGAAGCAUUUAAUUCCUUAAGCAAAGUUCCAGAGUCUGUGGACUUACAAACUGUUUGCAAACGUUUUGAGGAUUUAAGAUUUUACGAAGCUGUAGUGCGCCUACCUCUUCAAAAGGCACAGGCUCUUGACCCUGCUGGUGAUGCUUACAAUGAUGAAAUUGAUGCAACUGUCAGAGAACAAGCACUUGCUCAGCGUGAGCAGUGUUAUGAGAUAAUUAUCAGUGCUUUGCGGUCGCUGAAAGGUGACGCUCUGCAGAAUGAAUUUGGCUCUCCCGUCAGAUCUGCUGCUUCACAAUCUUCACUUGAUCCAGCCUCCCGGAAAAAAUAUAUAUGCCAAAUUGUUCAGCUGGGUGUCCAAUCACCUGACAGAAUUUUCCAUGAGUAUCUCUACCGGGCUAUGAUUGACUUGGGUCUUGAGAAUGAAUUGUUAGAGUAUGGAGGUCCUGACCUGUUGCCAUUUUUGCAAAGUGCUGGUCGUAAACCCAUACAUGAGGUUCGUGCUGUGACUGCUACAACUUCUCCAAUGGGGCAAUCCAGUGCACCAAUGUCAUCUAAUCAAGUCAAGUACUAUGAACUUUUGGCACAGUAUUAUGUCUUGAAGCGUCAACAUAUGCUUGCAGCUCAUGCAUUGCUAAGACUAGCUGAAAGGCGCUCUAUUGAUGGAGUCCCUACUCUUGAACAGAGGUGUCAACACCUAAGUAAUGCAGUUCUACAGGCAAAAAGUGCAACUAACAGUGACGGGUUGAUAGGUUCUGCUCGGAGUUCCAUUGACAGUGGAUUCCUAGAUUUGCUUGAAGGGAAGCUUGCUGUUCUUCGGUUUCAGAUAAAAAUCAAAGAGGAACUGGAGGCUAUGGCUUCCAGGUCAGAGGUUUUACCUAGCACGUCUGAUUCUAUCCAAAAUGGUUUAGUCCCUGAGGGCAGUUCAACUGCUGAUGCUAAUUCUGCAAAUGCAACACGGGAGAAGGCCAAAGAGUUGUCAUCCGAUGUAAAGAGCAUAUCACAGUUAUAUAAUGAAUAUGCUGUUCCCUUUGAGCUCUGGGAGAUAUGCCUGGAGAUGCUGUACUUUGCCAAUUAUUCUGGUGAUACUGAUAGCAGCUUUGUCAGAGAGACAUGGGCUAGACUUAUAGAUCAAGCUAUUUCAAGAGGUGGCAUUGCUGAAGCUUGCUCAGUAUUAAAGAGGGUUGGGCCCCGUAUUUAUCCGGGUGAUGGAGCUGUUUUACCGCUUGACAGUAUUUGUCUUCACCUAGAGAAGGCUGGACUGGAGAGGUUAAAUUCAAGGGUUGAACCCGUUGGAGAUGAGGAUGUUGCGAGAGCCCUUGUUUCUGCUUGUAAGGGUGCAGCUGAACCUGUAUUGAACACAUAUGAUCAACUUUUAGCAAAUGGGGCUGUUUUGCCAUCUCCAAAUCUUAGAUUACGUAUGCUGAGAUCAGUUCUAGUGGUACUUCGUGAAUGGUCUAUGUCUGUAUAUUCACAGAGGAUGGGUACUAGUCCUGGUGGGCCUUCCCCAUUACUAGGUGGAGGAUACUCAUUUGAACGUACAGUUGCUAGCCAAGGAGUUCGGGACAAGAUCACAAGUGCGGCAAACAGGUAUAUGACUGAAGUGCGGAGGUUAGCCCUUCCACAGAGCCAAUCAGAAGUAGUCUACCGAGGCUUUAGAGAACUUGAAGAGUCACUUAUAAGUCCUCAUUCAUUUGAUCGAUUUUGAUCUUUGUUCCAAUAUAUAGUGUUGUAUCAUUUGUUCUUGUGUAAUAAUUAUUUUCAAAUGAGUUUGUAAUUUUCCAUAUUGAAUGUGAUCAUGUUUUGCGUUUCCAACCCCCCCCCCCCCCCCCCCCCCUCUCUUCUCUCUCUCUCUCCUCUUUUCCCUUUUCCUUUUUAAAAUCAGUCUUGUGUAUCGAUUAAGAACAUCAUCUAUUUCUCCUGGUGGCUGGUCUAUAUUCAGCCAACUUUAAGCUAUUACGAUUGGUCUAACGGUGAGGGAUUUGGGUAGUUUGUAUUAGGUAUGUGUUCAAUUUUUACUAGAGUAUCCAAAAAAAAUAUUCAGCCAACUUUUGUAAGCCUCGCUGGGUAGUGCCUACUAGUUUGGAUGUACCAGCCAAGCUGUGAUAUGGUUUGCAGUUCUUUA